UCCUGUAGUCUCUGUGUCAUCAAACCCCACGCAGCCACGCCUCUCUCUCUCUCGUCAAAUCUCCAUACCCCGCUUUCUUCUUUUCCAUGAUCCACCCUUUUCACCGCCAAACAUAAUUUACCCAGAUUCCCAAAUCCCCCUCCUAUCAUUUCCUGCCAGUAUCCCGCCUUAUCCCGAUCCCAAACUCCGUUAUUCUUUCACGUAUCAUGUGAAAAAAGAGGAUCUUUACGACACCCCUUUAUACUCAUUGGUAUAUUCGGCGUUUACCUUGUGUUGUAUGGCGUCUGUCGCUUCUUUUUCACUUCUCGAAUCGCCGCCGCCUUUUGGUUUUACCAUCACUCCCUUUUGCCUCUCCUCUCCGUGAUCCCGGAUCUCUCUUUUCUUUCUUCCUGUUUAUUUGUUUGCUUUUGUAAGAAAUUGUAAAUUAGCAGAGAUGAAUGUUGCCAAGUCUCAAGUGUGGCAGCCCUGUAAAAAGAAGAGGCUUUAGUGUAGAAUAAUUGGGGUAAAAAAUGGAUGGGAUUUGUAUUUAAUUGAUCUGAGCUAAUGAAUUGAAUUCAUUUACAUACUCUGACCCGCAUAUAGAAACCCUGUGAUUAGAUAUACAGAUCUUAGGAAAGAAAGUGUGAAGAUGGCUUCGAGUUCAAGUUCAAGUGCUGGGAGUAGAAGAACAAGAGUGGGUAGGUAUGAGUUAGGGAGGACUUUGGGAGAGGGGUCAUUUGCAAAGGUGAAGUUUGCUAGGAAUUUGGAAACAGAGGAGAGUGUGGCUAUCAAGAUUCUUGAUAAAGAGAAGCUUCUUAAGCAUAAGAUGGUUGGCCAGAUCAAACGGGAAAUCUCAACCAUGAAAUUGAUUAGGCAUCCCAAUGUCAUUCGCAUGUUUGAGGUUAUGGCAAGCAAGUCGAAGAUAUAUAUUGUUAUGGAAUUUGUUACUGGUGGUGAACUAUUUGACAAAAUCGCUAGUAAAGGGAGGCUGAAAGAAGAUGAAGCAAGGAAAUAUUUUCAACAGCUGAUUAAUGCUGUCGACUACUGUCAUAGUAGAGGUGUGUUCCACAGAGACCUCAAGCCGGAGAAUUUAUUGUUGGAUGCCAAUGGAGUUCUCAAAGUCUCUGAUUUUGGAUUGAGUGCACUUCCCCAGCAAGUACGGGAAGAUGGGUUGCUACACACAACGUGCGGUACACCAAAUUAUGUUGCUCCUGAGGUGAUCAACAACAAAGGUUAUGAUGGAGCUAAGGCAGAUCUUUGGUCAUGCGGUGUAAUACUUUAUGUACUCAUGGCUGGUUACUUGCCUUUCGAAGACUCAAAUCUUGUGGCAUUAUAUAAAAAGAUUUUCAAGGCUGAUUUUGCAUGUCCACCAUGGUUCUCCUCAAGUGCAAAGAAAUUAAUCAAAAGAAUCCUGGAUCCCAAUCCCCAAACGCGCAUCACAAUUGCUGAGGUCAUUGAGAAUGACUGGUUUAAGAAAGGUUAUCAGCCACCAGUAUUCCAACAGGAAGAUGUUAAUCUUGAUGAUGUCAAUGCCAUCUUUGAUGAAUCAGCAGACUCAUCAAAUCUCGUUGUGGAGAGAAGGGAAGAACUGCCUAAUGCACCACUUGCGAUGAAUGCUUUUGAGCUCAUUUCUAGAUCUCAGGGCCUCAAUCUUAGUUCUCUUUUUGAAAAGCAAGUGGGACUUGUUAAAAGGGAAACAAGAUUUACAUCAAAAUGUCCUGCUUCAGAGAUAAUCUCAAAAAUUGAAGAAACUGCUGUACCUUUGGGUUUCAAUGUGAAGAAAAAUAACUAUAAGCUAAAGCUUCACGGAGAAAAGACUGGCCGCAAGGGUCAUUUAUCCAUUGCAACAGAGGUUUUUGAGGUGACUCCUUCGCUUCAUAUAGUAGAGCUUCGCAAGGCUGGAGGAGAUACCUUGGAAUUCCACAAGUUCUAUAAAAACCUGUCAACCGGGUUGAAAGACAUUGUUUGGAAAACAGAGGAACCAACAGCAGAAUUAGAAGUUGGUUCAAGCAGUGGAUUGGCUUAGACUGGUGUGAUGUGUGCAUAUAUAGAGCUAUGCCUGGAAGUGCAUUGCAUUGUAUUGAAUUGAAUGGAAUUGUCACAACUGUAUUCUUUUUUUCUUUUCGAUUUUGUUGGAAGUAAUAUUAUUGUUUGGUUGUUGACAAUCUGUAAAACUAAGACUAAAUUUAAGUGGUUUAAAGCAAUUCUCUGAGGAGGAAGCCAUUUAUCAGUCA